UGAGCUUGCCUUUGCGUUUUGACUGCCAACCGCGCGCAAUCCACUCCGGCACUCCCGGUGGCGGUGGCGGGAAAAUUCGGAUGCGCGAUGUCGGGUUGUGUAAAACUGUAACAUCAUUCUCGUCGCUGUCGUUGUCCACAUACGACGCGCGGGGCGCUCACAUAUCUUACGAACCGGACCCUGAACGGAACGUAGUCCGGGAUGGCUUCGCAGCCGAAAGUUUAAGUUAUAUUACAGAUAGCAAUUAUCAGCGAAAAGUGCGUUAAUUAGAGGUUACAAAAUAUUACUUCCAGUGCGGGUUGUUGUGUGCUGUUAAGAUAGUGAUAAAUACGCAUUCCAAAGGACGGUUCCUUUUAUGUGGUGCACAACGUGUCACGGCUUUGUGGUCAGGACAUUCUCAUUAGGAAAACUGCUUUGUAAAGAAACGGUGCAAUCGUUGAUAUUUUUUUGGUGACUCAACCCGAGCACAACUAUUGGGAUCAACUGCUGAAAAUGUUUUUUGGCUCUCGAAUGACAACGUAGAUGUAAGUUACAGUGCAAUGAAGUUGAGUUUAGAAAGCGUUUUAUGAAAAUUUCAUGGAAAAAUGAUAUGAAAUAUUAAGUGAUAAAACUACAAGGUGUGUGGCGUGACGUUCGGAGCAAGUUUCCGCAGCAUUAAUUGGCGCACCGUUUCCGGGCGAAUCAUAGGAUAAUUAUGGCGAUUCCGUUCCCCGUCGGUUUCAACAUUGAACUACGGCGUAGCUGCUGGUGGCUGUUCCUGGUUGGGGCACAACUUUCGCGGAUAAUAUUGCUAGCCUCUUGCUACUCGGUCAAAGUUGGUCAUGUACAGCAACACAACACACUAGAGAAUGGACUUCUCAUAGCGGCUAACAUCUCGAUUGGUCACCUACGCAAGCACAAGUUUGUCUAUUACAUUCCGAGAGCAAACUCCGCACCUCAUAACCGAAGGCAACGAAAUUCUUCCUUCUACUACAAAAACAAUGACGCUGCGGAAUACCGUAGCGCAGAGUCACCUCCAAGAAAUGAUCGACUUUCGGAGCCUCGUCGGCUGCGGCACAUUUCGAUGUCAAGCGGAUCGGCAACGACCUCCGUUACCCCGUUGGAUGACUCAGCAGCAAUAGCCUCGAUCCAGAGUCAACCUCCUCCAGCGUACAAAUAUCAACGAUACUACAUCUACAGUACCGCACCCCGUCGGCGUGAUUCUGAAGCCGGGAUGGAAAUGGGUCGGCUCAUGGUUCAAAAGUUUGAACUUUUUCGUGCAAAAACAAGCAAUUAUGUAGCAGUUACACAUCGCACGAACAACUCAGCCAGAAUCUUCGAGGAUGACGCCUUUCGAAGAGUUAGAAAACGGAGCGCUGCUGACGACAUGUUGAGUAAAAAUAUAACGAUGAUUCUGGAGAAUCUGCUCAAAAGUUACGAGAAUUCUCAGAUGCCAACGCAUGGUCAAGGAAUCCCUACCGUUGUCAAAACCAAUAUUCUGAUCCGCAGUAUGGGCCCAGUCUCCGAAUUAGAUAUGGAUUAUUCUAUGGACUGCUACUUCCGGCAGUACUGGCGCGACAAACGACUCAGCUUUCACGGUCCGAUCAAGAGCCUUUCACUGAGCAUCAAAAUGCUGGAACGAAUCUGGCGCCCGGACACGUACUUCUACAAUGGAAAACAUUCGCACAUCCACACAAUCACGGUACCGAACAAACUGCUCCGACUGAGCCAGGACGGUGAGAUACUCUACUCGAUGCGGCUGACAAUCAAAGCUUCCUGCUUGAUGCAGCUGCGUAGCUUCCCAAUGGAUCGCCAGUCCUGUCCGCUCGUUCUGGGUAGCUACGCGUACUCACGUCAGCAGCUGGUUUACCAAUGGCAGGACGACGAUUCCGUAAACUUUGUCCCCGGGAUGACGCUAAGCCAGUUCGAUCUGAUGAGCUUCCACCAGAAGAACUACACGUUUGCUAGACGCGAGGGCGAAUUCUCGGUGCUGCAUGUUUCAUUUAACCUGCAGCGCCACACAGGUUAUUUUUUGAUCCAGGUGUACGUACCGUGCAUCCUGAUUGUCGUCCUGUCGUGGGUUUCGUUCUGGAUUCAUCGGGAGGCGACCAGCGAUCGAGUGGGGCUUGGAAUCACCACAGUGCUGACUCUGUCGACGAUCAGCCUGGACUCGCGGACGGAUUUGCCCAAGGUGCGCUACGCAACGGCCCUCGAUUGGUUCUUGUUGAUGAACUUUAUCUACUGUAUCGCCACGCUGCUGGAGUUUGCUGGUGUGCACUAUUUCACCAAGGUCGGCAGCGGAGAGAUUCCUCUGGAUGAGGAUGAAUGGGAAGACAUUGAUAACGUGGUUGAAAUAGGGCUGAACGUUAUCGGAGCCGGGAGUGACGGAGGGUGCGGCAGUGGAAUGCGCUCUCAAACGGCAUCGAUGCAAGAAUCUCCCCAACGACUGAUGGCCACCCGGCGUCGCAAUUCGCUCAUCUGUCCCAUCUACAACGAUCCGCAGCAUAUGUUCAAACCAACGACUUCCCACCUUUCGACGAUGGAGCGGACAACCCAAACGGAACCACCGAAGGAGCCCCGGUGGAAGCAGCUGUGGUUAUGCUUUCUUGGGGACGAUCAGUUUCGUCGUCGGCGACAGCGCGAGGCCACCGGCAGAGGUGGAGCUAGCCGUCACGUGAACAGUGUUUCUCUGAUCGACCAAGCUGCCAGGGUUAUGUUUCCCGCUUCGUUUACCUUUUUCAAUGUAUUGUACUGGCUUUGCUACUACACCUAUCAAGCGGACUUUACCUGGGCUCCUCUCAAGGAGCAAAGUUAGAGGAAGUCGUCAAACUAACUUAACAAAUAUCGAAAAAAAAAACUACAGGAAUACUGACAUAAUCAAAAUUUAACCUAGCUUAAACUUAUCCGAUUAGAAAAUCUAGCCAAUUAUCUACAAAACAUACGGUUUCAGUAAAUAACCAACCUCCGCUAGGCUUGUUAUGACGAUACCCACCAGUUGUUAGUCCGAUUGUUACAUACAGAUAUAAGCGUUAAUAAAGACAGCUUGCUAGCAACAAUUGCAAAA